AUGUCGCUGCCAUUCUCAAAUUUGCCUCCCGCCGAGCGGGUCCCCUAUGCCAUCCCCCAGCUGGAGGGUGAACGCAUUACUAUCCCCGGUAGCAAGGGUGUCUUCCGCAUCCUGGCUUCCUCAAAGCAGACUGAUGGCUUGAUGGCUGUGUUCACAAGCGGUUCCACCAUCUCCGAUGCUCCCGGCUUCCACUACCACAACAAGGCCCACGAUGUCUUCUUGGUGACUAAGGGAUUCCUGAAGCUAUACAAUGGAGACAAGUGCCGAAUGAUGGGUCCUGGUGACUUUGCCUAUGUCCCACCGAUGGUCAUUCACAACCCUGACAAUGUCGGCCCUCACACCGAGCUGCAAGGCCUCAUCACUCCCGGCGACUGGGUCGACUUCUUCCGCUACGUGUCCGAGCCGUUCGAAGGCAUUAUUUCUCCCGAGACUGACAACCGUGACUUGAAGUCUCUUCUGAUCCCCAAGGUUAUGGCUGCCAAGGGCAAGUUUGACGUCGUCUUCCAGCCUCAAUACCAGCCCCCAGAGUUGGGAGAGUGGACUAAGGAUGAUGAGAAGCUGCCUGAGGGAUCGGAGGGAUACUUCCUGCGUGCCAACACUGGCCCACGUUGGAUGCUGGGUGGAGUGAUGUCCCGCCCCUUCGUCACUACCAAGCAGAGCACUGGAGUGUGCGCCAUCUCUAGCAUUGAGUCGUCCAAGGACUACGGCGAGACCGUCCUCUCGAAAUACAUGACCUUCGCUAAGGUCGAUCACUGCUUCUGUGUUAUGGAGGGUUCCCUCAAGGUCCGCCUGCAGGGCUCUGGAGAGACCAUCUUCCGCGAGGGAGAGACCGUUGUUAUUCCUGCUGGACAGGCGUUUGCUUUGGACUUUGUGAGCAAGUAUGUUAAGGUGCACUCCUUCACCGAUGGUGAUGGCAUUGAGUCCCUUAUCCACGAGCUGGGUAAGCAGGUGGAGGGCGUUGUUCUGCCGGAUCAGGCUCCCGAGUGGGACCCCUCGCAGCUGGCAUCUGUGGCGGAGCGACUGAACGUGACUUUCUAG